UGAAGAUGAAAAUAUUGCCCUCAUAACCAAAAGGUUCACCAGAAUGCUAAAGAGAGGGCAGACCUUUCAAAAGAAAACUUCUCAAAAACCAUCUGAAAACACUAAAGACCAGGUUUGUCAUAAAUGUGGGAGCCCAGAUCACUUCAUCAAAUUCUGUCCACUUUGGGCUUUAGAGCAGAAAAAGGCAAACUUUGAGAAGGUCAAAGACAUCAAGAAUGAUAAGUACAUUCCCACAAACAGAAGAAUGACCAAUCAAGAAGCGGAUCUUUCAACGAGAAGAGCCUUUGCCGCUAUGGGGGACUUAUCUGAAGAAGAAUUUGAGGAUGGAGGGUUCGAAAAUCAGUCACUACUUGCAAUAGAACAAUCAAAUAAAUAUGAUUUUCUUGCACUCAUUGCUGAAACAGAUUCUGAAGAUGAUGAAGAAGAUGACAAACAAAGCAAGGUAAGUUUUCAUCACAUCAAAGUAAAUAUUGAAUCAUAUUCUAAAAAGGAACUAGAGUCUUUAUUGAGUACUCUUAUAGAUGCAUAUCAGUCUGUCAAUUCUGAAAGAGAACAAGUGAUGGAAAACUAUGCAUCUUUAAGAGAAGUCAAUGACAAUCUUGAGAAACACAAUCACUUUCUUCAAAAUAAAUUAAAAGAACAGAUUAAAAUCUCAGAGUUAAGUCACAAGGGCAAAAACUCUGCUAGUGAACUUCAAUUAGCUCUAGAAGAAAAAAUAAAAUUGUUAACCAUAAAAUAUCAAGCUUUAACAGAAAGGAAUAGGUUGUUACAAGAAAAUCUUGAUCAUACCAAACUGGAUCUGGAAAGAAAUCUUAGAUGGACCAGGUCCUCUGAAAUUUUAACUCAGAUUCAAGAAAAGCAAACCACUAGUCGAAGUGGGAUAGGUUUUAAAAAACAGAAUAAUCUUGUGUCACACACUAUUCACAUGUCUAAAAGUUUAUGCACUCAUUGUGGAAACUCAGGUCAUUUAAAGAAUCAAUGUAAAGCUUUAUUUGAGGCUUUUCAGAAAAAUGUUAAGUUCACCAAAAAGGAAAAGACUGAUACGGCUAAGAACCUGGUUCGAAAUAAAAAUGCUCCAAAUAAAAGGUUUUCUUAUUUGCCUUUAUGGGCUAGAAGAAAUCUUAUUCAUCCUUUUACUCACAUAAAGGGGCCCAAGCUAAUCUGGGUUCCCAAGACUAAUCUUUGACUAGUGUUUCAGGUGAAGGUGAGAGGGAAAAGGCCAACUUGGUACAUGAAUAGUGCAUGCUCCAAACAUGUGCUAAAAAUGGUAGAAAAUUUCCUCUCGCUCUUUGAUUUUCAAGGAGACAGUUUAUUCCUUGAAAAGGAUGAAAAAAAAAAAGUUGAAGAAAGUGACAUGAUAUCAAACAUCUUUGAUGAUGCAAAUUUAGGGAACACUGCAUAUGAACCUGGUUCACAGCUAACAAUCAUUGAUGCACCUGCAACAUGAAUUACUACUAAUCUAUGGUUCUGGAGAUUGGGGGAAUAUUAGAGCAAUCGGGACAGUAAGAGUAUGGCACACCUUUAGGGGGAACUUCGUUGUGUGAACAUGGUCCUUGUUAUUCAUUGGAAGGUAUUGAAAAUUGACAAGGGUUGGUUCUCUGUGAAUCAGCUUGAGAUUCAUUUGAUCUGGGAGAAUAUGAUGAUGCGACAUUCUCAUGAAGGCCUUGAAUAUGAAGAACUUGAGAAAAAUCAGUCAAAGCAUGGUGUUAUCGAAACAAGUUGAUGCAUUAUCAUGAUUUCCUUUAAUAAUUGGCUAGUAAAAGAAUAAUCUUACGCUUGAGUAAUUAUACAAUGAAUAUCUGCUAACUCAACCUCGUACUGUAACAGGUACACACUCAAGUCACAUCUCAAACAAUGCUUAGAAAGUUUGCGGAUGUUAUCUCUUCUUUUUGCUAACACCAUUAAGUAAGUCAUGAAGAAACACAAAAAAGGGGAACCUGGUUUCUCUGUAAUACUCAGGUAUGUACCAUCCUUUUUCAAUGCAUUAAUUUCCUGAGUGUGGGUCAAACAUAAGCACUAAUGAACCUGGUCGAUCAUCAAAAAUUCAACUUUCUUAAAGAUCACCAAGAACCCUCUUUGACAAUAAGCAUCGUUCAAUCUCAAACUGCUCUAAUGAUGAAAAUCUCAGUAUUGAAGUCACUCAUGCUUUAAUUUAGGGGGAACCCUGCUUUAUCACCCACAUCUGAACCAGGUUCACAAACUCCAAAUUGAUAUUUCAUCCAUUCCAAGUGUAUAACUUGUCUAUCUCUCAGGGGGAACAAUUCUCACAGAAAUAAAUUGUUGCUUGCUUUCAUUAUUGAUAAACACAUCUCUUUGUGCACCAAAAUGUGAUGAAUCUCUUACUAGUAGUUGGUACUCCUUCAAAGUUGUCAUCAAGAAAAAGGCUAUAAAAAAAAAAAAAAGGAGAAGAAAAUCAUGGAGAAUGAAAAUGUUACGGAGUAGAGUUAAAAAAAAAAAAAA